AUGGAGGAGGAGAUGCAGCAGCUCAGAGAGCAACUGGCUCAGCUAGAGGCGGACAAUGAGGGUCUUCGCCAGGAGAGGGCUGCGCCUCAGGCCGGCCCUGCUGGGGCUUUCCAUGCUCCCGACGUCUCCUCUGACCAGGCCCGGUCACUGGGCUCUCGUACCCCCUCCACAGAGCGUGUAUACAGCUUGGGUUACUCCCGGAGAGCUCAGCUCUUCACAAACUCAGAGAUCAUGAAGAAGAGGACGGUGAUCGGGCCCCACAGAGGAGCAGGAGGAGUCCUGGACCCCAGGAGGAAGAAGCUGCUCCAGGGGUCCUGCCCCUCGCCUCAGCCCGCUCAGGGAGAGACCACCCAGUGUGCAGACCUGCCCUACCCCUCUCCCCCCCGCAGGACCCUCAGUCCAGACCCACACCACAACCCAGACCCAGACCCGGGCCGCUGGGACGUGGACCAGGUCUACCACUUCAUCUGCUCGCUGCCCGGUUGCCUGGACAUUGCUGAGGAGUUCCGCUCUCAGGAGAUUGAUGGUCAGGCUCUGCUGCUGCUGAACGAGGACCAUCUGUUGGGAACCAUGAACAUCAAACUGGGACCAGCACUGAAGCUAUACGCCCACAUCUGCCUGCUGCGAGACCAGGACUGA